GGCCGUUGGGUCGUGACGUCAUAAUUAAUGGCGCACAUACUCGAGGCCGCUUAAAGGAGGGAGCCGAACCUCUAGCGGAAGGGCGUUUACGGUGGCACUAUGACGUCGACUAAACCAAGAUUAGCUUGGGCAAAAGAAUCCAGAGACCCUAGAAUUUCAGAAGGUCAACAGUCUCCACUGGAGAAAAAGAUCCUGAGUUGUGGUGGUGUGCAUACAACAGCAGCAAGGCACUUGGUAACUCAGAAAUGCCACGAGGAGAACAGAGCCCUCUGCAGGGAGCAAGCUCGUUCUCUCGACUACUGGCUCGCAAAAGCAGAGUCGUAUUAUAAUAAAAGAAUAAUGGACAUGAUGAAAAAAGACAAAGGUGGUGAAACAAAGACAAAAGUGGAAGAGAAACAACCACCACCACACACAGGGAAACAGAAACAGCAUGAUUGGGUGCCUGAGAGAGAGAAGAAGCAAAUAGAAAGGCACAUUCAUAGAACAGGCCAGGCCAGAGAAUUUAAGGACAAACCCUGGAGACAGCAGCAACUCUUCAGUGAAUCUACACUACCCAAAAUUAUGCUAGAGAAGGAUAGCAUCCCGAAAGCACAGAAGAUAAGACAGGCACGUGAGAGAGAGCUGCUCCAAAUUAAAGAUCACCAGAAGCGCAUGAUUCGAGGGAGGGAACUUCUACAGCAAAGGCUCGAAGAAAGAAUCUUGAGAAAAAGCCUGAGCCAGAUCCCACUUCCUGAGAAACACGUUCGAGUGAAGAAACAGAGAAAAGAGUUUGAGAGGGUAGUUGCAUACCCACUUUUCCAGCCAUCCAAUACUAGUCGGAUUAAAGUGGAUAUUCUUAUGGAAAAAUCUCAGGAUGAAAAGGACUUGAGCACAAUUAUAAAACCUUUUGGAAGGAGAUUCUUAGCUGUACCGCCCUUUUUGAGAACUCAAAUAGGAAAAAUAAAGGAUCUGUAAAGUUUCA